CCGAGUUUUUGUGCGAGUAUGCAGGUGGCGGCGAGGUUUUGCUCUGACUUGUUUGAAGUUUGCUCUCAUGUCAAAGGUGAAGGAUUAUGCCUGGAACUGGAAUUUGGUCCUCAAAUUGAGGAAUGCUAAAAACUCCUUGGCAGCAUGUGAAUCCUUUUGUCUGUAGCGUGUGAAUCAGUCUUGGUACAGUGCCAUGCUAUUCCUCAGCAGCGGGACAGGGGAUGCUUCAGUUGGCAAUCAGCAGCAAGGGAAAACCACCUACCAUAUUUCUGUAACCCUGAAGGAAACACAGGGGGAUGACCCGGUGGUCGAGCUAGGAAUGGGCUGGGUGGCACCCUGCACCCUGGGAGUCGGUUGCCAGCCAGGAGGCAAGAUCAUGGAGAACAGUCCCAUCCUCGACAGGUGGCCAUCCCUGAGAACUGGGAGUCUGCGCCGAGAGGUGGUGGUGGAGGAGAACGAGGAGGAGGAGGACGACAAGGUGGAGGUGGAGGGAAGAAUGAGGAGUGACGGCUUUAUGAGACAUCCCUCCAAGAGCUCAUCAGACAUUGCCGACGUAGACGCCCAAGACUCGCACAAGUACCGUGUCAAUGUCCAUGCUAGAGGUUUGGCGUUUGGCGGCCGUGGCGCCGCCACAGGGCACACGCUGCCUCGGGCUGUGCUGCGCAGGUCCCGUCAGGAUGAGGCCUCACCCGGCAGGAGGACUAUGAGCAUGUAUGGCGAAACGGCAGAGCAGCAAAGUGAGCCUCAGCCGGAACGACUCCGGAGGCCGAGGAGCGUGUGCAUGCUUUUGGGCCCAGGCCUGGUCCCCGUGGAGCAGCCCAAGCAAAACUCCCUGAAAAGGACAACUGUGGCGGAGGGCAGCCAGCUGUACAGGAGCAGGAAGGCUGAGCUGAGGCUUGUGGAUGGUCUCAAUCCGGUUUUGGUUCAACGAGCCCCAGCUCCUGCAGAGGUCAUCCCCACGGUGCGCCACAGAAGCGUGAAGACCAGACCUCUUAGCAUGACCGUACUGGAGCUAAGGAAAAGGGCCUCUGACGACGACGUAAGCAGGCAACAGAGCCACACGGGCCACGAUGGGGGAAACUUCCUAAAAGGAGCUUUCCGUUGGAGGUUAUUUGGUAAAAGCUCUCCGGAUAAGAACAAAGAGAGCGAUGGUGACAAAGGUGCGAAAUCUUCUUCUAAGUCAGUCAAAUUCGAUGCUCCGAAAAGUACGCUGAGCUCAUUGAGGCGGAGCUUGAGUAUGCGCAUCCGGAGGUCUCGGCCCCGGGACAAAGUGACUCCAGGGUGCGAUGGGGCUACGAAGGAACUCUCGCAGACCAAAACCGCCGAGCCGAUUCCUCCUCAGCCUUUCUCGUACCUCACGGGGAGAACGCUUCCAUAUUCCGCCGAGCAAGUCGAAGACAGGGGCAUGCAGUACAUCCAGUACCGCAGCAGGGGCAAGGUCAAGGUGAUGGAGGUGCCCCUGUGCCCGACUAAAUUGUCCAAACCAGCUCAGGAGGAGCUGAGCAUUUGGCAGCUCAUAGCCAACCGCUUCAGGAGGAAAGAGCAGCCGGACAAAUGCGAACUGAAAGACGCAGGCCAGCAUGUGCUGACUCUGAGUAAUAAGUCACUGCCUGUCACCAUAGAGACACUGGCAGACAAAGAGUCCCAUAAAGGUCAAGACUCUUUUGUCAACAGCCAGGAAUGGACGCUGAGCCGAUCUGUGCCAGAGCUGAAAGUGGGGAUUGUGGGGAAUCUCUCCAGCGGGAAGUCGGCCUUAGUCCACCGUUACUUGACGGGAACGUAUGUGCAGGAGGAGUCUCCUGAAGGUGGCCGCUUCAAGAAGGAGAUUGUGGUGGACGGGCAGAGCUACCUCCUGCUUAUCAGAGAUGAAGGAGGACCGCCAGAGUUACAGUUUGCUGCCUGGGUGGAUGCCGUGGUCUUCGUCUUCAGCCUGGAGGACGAGAUCAGCUUCCAGACGGUCUACAACUACUUCCUGCGUCUGUCCAGCUACAGGAACGCUGCUGAGGUGCCCAUGGUCCUUGUUGGGACACAAGACGCCAUCAGCGCCGCAAACCCCAGAGUGAUCGAUGACUCACGAGCCAGAAAGUUGUCCAAUGACCUAAAGCGCUGCACGUACUACGAAACCUGCUCCACCUACGGCCUCAAUGUUGAGAGAGUCUUUCAGGAUGUGGCCCAGAAGGUGGUGGCCAUGAGGAAAAAGCAACAGCUCUCCAUCGGCCCGUGCAAAUCUCUGCCCAACUCGCCCAGCCACUCGUCUGUCCCCGCGGCGUCCAUCCCCUCCGUUCACAUUAACCAGGCGGCCAAUGGGGGCUGCGCGUUCAGCGACUACUCCUCCUCCGUCCCCUCCACCCCCAGCAUAAGCCAGCGGGAGAUGCGCAUCGAGACCAUCGCCGCCUCCAACACUCCCACGCCCAUCCGCAAGCAGUCCAAGCGCCGCUCCAACAUUUUCACAUCGCGGAAAGCCAGCGAGCAGUCAAAGAGCGUUGAGAGUAAGACAGACAGCAUAGGCAGUGGAAGGGCCAUUCCUAUCAAACAGGGAAUCCUCCUGAAGAGAAGUGGCAAAUCUCUCAACAAGGAGUGGAAGAAGAAGUACGUCACGCUGUGUGAUAACGGCGUCCUCACUUAUCACCCCAGCUUACACGACUACAUGCAGAAUGUGCACGGGAAGGAGAUUGACCUGCUAAGGACGACGGUCAAAGUACCCGGGAAACGACCCCCCAGGGCGGUGGCCACCACUGUCGCCCCUACGGCCAGCCCCAAGACCAACGGGAUGACCAAGGACCGCAGUACCCUGCAACUGGGCAUCGGGAACACAGGCGCUCCGCACUCCAACAGCAGCACAUCCCUGCAGACGGGCGCGUCCUUGUUUGGCGGCAGCAAGGACGGAAUGCACCAGCGCUCCUUUUCCGUGUCUAGCGCCGACCAGUGGAACGACGCCAUCAACACCAGUACGAGCAGCGCCGCCCCCAACGGAACGAGCGACCCGGCCAGUUGUAGUGCGGACAGCGCCACAAGUCCAAAGCUUGAUCCGCCCCCCUCGCCACACGCCAACCGCAAGAAACACAGACGGAAAAAGAGCACCGGCAUCACUAAGCCUGAUGGUCUUUCUGCUGGCAAUGAAGAACAAGAGGAUUCCUUUGAGUUCAUCAUUGUGUCGCUGACCGGCCAGACGUGGAACUUUGAGGCGUCCACGUAUGAGGAGCGCGAGCUGUGGGUGCAGGCCAUCGAGAGUCAAAUCUUCGCCAGCUUGCAGUCGUGCGAGAGUAUCAAGAACAAGUCCCGAUUAGGCAGCCAGAGCGACGCCAUGGCCAUCCAGUCCAUACGCAAUGUGAGGGGCAACAGCUUCUGUGUGGACUGCGAUGCAGCAAAUCCAGACUGGGCCAGUCUGAACCUGGGCGCCGUGAUGUGCAUCGAGUGCUCGGGCAUCCACCGGAACCUGGGCACCCACCUGUCGCGCGUGCGCUCCUUGGACCUGGACGACUGGCCCGUGGAGCUCAGCAUGGUGAUGACGGCCAUCGGCAACGCCAUGGCCAACAGCAUCUGGGAGGGCGCCCUGGAGGGCUACAGCAGGCCGGGCAGCGACAGCACCAGGGAGGAGAAGGAGCGCUGGAUCCGGGCCAAGUACGAGCAGAAGAUGUUCCUGGUGGGGCUGCCCCAGUCGGACGUGCCCCUGGGCCAGCAGCUGCUGCGGGCGGUGGUGGAGGACGACCUGAGGCUGGCGGUGGUGCUGCUGGCGCACGGCACCAAGGAGGAGGUCAACGAGACGUACGGCGACGGCGACGGCCGCACGGCGCUGCACCUCUCGUGCGCCAUGGCCAACGUGGUCAUCACGCAGUUGCUCAUCUGGUACGGCGUGGACGUGAAGAGUCGCGACGCCCGCGGCCAGACGCCGCUUUCGUACGCCCGGCGAGCCGGCAGCCAGGAAUGCGCCGACAUCUUGCUCCAGCACGGCUGCCCCAACGACGCCGGCGGCGUGACGUCGCCCAACGUCAGCAACCGCAACAGCAACCCCAACAUCAACAACAACGCCCAGUGUGAGCUCAACCGCAGCAUCAGCAUCAUGUAGAGGGGUCGGCAGGGGGCACCUUGCCGCACGAGGCGCCGCCGUGUACCACCAUGGAGACAUUUCAGGAUGGGAUGAUGUAAAGUUGGUUUUGAUUCUUUUUUGUUCCUGAUCAGCUUUAAAUGUUUUUUUUUUUCUUUUUUAAACUAUGCCAGUGACCUUCUUUCACCCCCAAAAGUGUUUGCCCUCAUGUGAGGAUGGGGAACCUUUUUACUCUUUCAGGAAGUCCUCCGAGGGCCAUGCUAAACUUCAGACGAUCCAACAAAUGUUUAUUAUUGCAUCAUAUUGACGUCUUCUGACUUUUUUUUUUGUUUGUUUGUUUUUUCGGGUCCGGAUUAAGAUCACAUUCCCCUAAAUAUUGGAGCUGGAAGAUUUAAGUGUAAAAUCUCGCUUUUCGUAUAAUUUCCAACUAAAUUCUCAUCGUGGCACUUAACACGAAGUCGCUGUCCGAUGAAUAGCGUCUAUCUCCACAUUUUCUUUUCAUCAGAAAAAUUAUUUUGGAAUUUCAGUUUCCGUUUUUCAAUGUUGUUUAUCAGACCGUUUUACGAUCGUAGGUUCUUGAGGGCCGACCGACCCAGAUUAAAAAGAUUUUAUUCUGAUUUAAAAAGUUGUUGUUUUUUGCAGGAAACUAAUUUGGAAUCAGAAUUUCAGUUCUGAAUUUCAUUUAAAAAAAUAUAUGUAUCAGUAAAUAAUUUCAGAAUGUUAAAAAAAACUUAGAAACAUAAUUGAAAAAAAUAAGUUUCCAUUUGGAUUUAUUGUUUUUUUAAUUAAAAACAAUUUGUCAUUUUCAGUUUCAGAUACUAUUUUUUUCAUUUUGUAGUUUGUUGCGUAUUUCUAUCCAAAAUGUUGAUAAUUGUAUGAUGAUAAUACAUUUUCUUUCCACAAAUGUAAAUUAUUUUGCCCCAAAAAAUUAUUUUGCGCUGAACCAAACUUCUGAAUUUUUUUUUUUUUAAAUUAAAUGGCAGUUUAUUGUUACAUAUUAGAGCUAUUAGCUCUUCUGAGAUUUUAUUUGUUUUUCAAAUCGCAUGACCCGAAGGCUCGCCUAUGCCCCUCGAGUCUGAUGUUGCACACCUCUUCCCACGUGCUUAAAAAGAAAAAAAAAAAAAGUUCCACUUCCAGGCCGUAUAAA